AUGGCGCAUUUCUACGACUCGGACGAACAGCGAGAUACUGCUGGUCUUCCCAUCAUUCUCGAGCCGGAUGACGCUUCAAUUACAUCCCCAACUCGCGGGAGAAUACACGACGACCCGUUCCACGACAACCACAGGAUGGCCUCUCCAUCGAGGGUGUCGCCCGCAAAGGACCUCCAGGUCCCCACGCACCCAAUUCCCUCGAUGCAGGAAGCCUUUGCAGAAUCGAUGUUCGAGGUUGCAAGUGGAGUCACUUCUCCCAAAUUCGAAAAGGUGAAAGACGCCGCCGCCAGGAGGAAACAGUUGCUGGAUCAAGAUAUUGAUGAGGAUACCUAUCCAGGCAGAUGGAAGAGGACACCGAGCCAGCAAUACCACGAGCUAUGGAAGUUGAUGGCACAGAUCUCUUUCGGAAUAUAUCUGCUUCUGCAUGGAAUUGCCAAAGACGAGGACCAGGUCAUGAAUAUUUUGCAGGGCCAUGUGGACGAGGUCGACGAGUUUUUGGAAGCGACGAUGGAGGAUUUCGAUCUGGCUCAAGAGGAUAUCGACGAGCGAUUAAAGUUCUUGAAGCUGCCACUGGAGAAUAUUGGUAUCUUCGACGCAAUGCUGGAGGAUCGGAACUUUCGCUAUCAGAUUGUGAAUGGGAACGAAAGGAUUGAGCAUGUCAUCACACGUACUGCUGCCGCAAUGAACGAUGCUUUAAAGGACGUCCAACAAGGUAUGGACGCAUGCAAGGAAUUUACAAUAUAUUUGGCUAGGGAACAUGACGGUGCGCUUUGGAAGAAGGAGAGGUCUGAUAUGCAGAAGGUCUUCGACGCGAUGAAGGGUAACGUCGAAGGAUGGUACAAGGCGUAUGUGUCACUGCAGACAAAAGGUAAUCACCUGGCUGCUGCAUUGGUGCAACUUGGAACCAUUGUUGCGGAAAUGGACAGGAGGGCGGGGGAAGUCAGUAGGAAACAGAGAUUUAGUACUGCCGGUGCUCCCUCACCCCCGCAUUCUCCCCAAGGCCCCUCUGGUCGACUGUCUCAGCACCCCAGCCCAGCAACGACGGUAAUCGAUCAUUCUCGAGGACCGAAUUCUCCACCAUUCUCUGCCGAGCGCCAUUCGAGAGGUCCUUCCCAAGAGAUGAGACUGUCAAUGGCUAGAGAACUUCCUACAGACCCGAGCCCGAUCACGCCAGCGAUUCGAGCUACCCUGCCAGCUUUCCAGAUGGUUAACGAACGCGAGCGAACACCUGAGGAUGAGGAGGAUGACUAUCCAGCAGAGUUGGAAGCAGUGGUGGAAGCUGAACCAGAACCCGAUUUCAUACUGAAGCCUCACACAUAUAGCCCUUCUCCGUCACCGAGACCUCCGGGAACACCAAAACUACCGUCCCCUUCAUUACAACAACCUCCAUUAUCACAGCCGCCACUCCAAGAACCUCCACCACCCCAAAUAAAGCCGAGGUCAUCAUUGCGCCAACGGUUCUCCCUAAAGCGGAAAGAAACUCCAAUUGAAGCUACCCCGAAUCCUCCUCCAGAGAUUGCACCAGACAAUUACUGGGGGCCCAGACAACGAGUCAAGUCUGUGUCUAAACCCCCUCCUCAAGAGCUAGAAGCACCGGUAACUACCCCACCAUCACGAGGUCUCGACUCUGCGUACUGUUCUGAUUACGAGAAGCCACUCCAGAUAACCAUUCCACAAUCUGGAUCGCUACCUAAUUUCAAUGCUCAAUUCUCGCAGCCACUUUCCGCAUCUACACCAAAGUCGAACCGGUUUAAUCAAGCUCCUCAGUCUACGACAUUAUCACCCCCUAUAUCUACUACUCAUUUCUCAUCUUCACGUCAGUCGCCCCGACAAUCGCCACGAGUUCAAAGCCGCGAAGUUGAAGCGCCACCGCCAUCAAUAAUAACCCGAGAUUUCGUUCCAUCCCCACGAUCUGACCGGCAGUUCUUCCGACCUGUAAAUGCCUCACCACAUUCGCCCUUACAAAGGCCGUGGACUGCGGCUCCUAGUAAUAUAAUGCAUAUCCACAGCAACUCCUCAUCCUCGAACCUAAGAUAUGGUCAUACACACACUCCUUCCCAGUUAGGAAAUCGGAACGGUGCUCCUAGUGCGAUGGGUAUGAGCAUGAUGAGCGACAUGACGACGGUCACGGAAGGUGGCCAAAAAGUCAAAAAGAAGCGUAGCGCUUUCGGCUGGCUAAAGAAAGCCUUUAGCCUGAGCGAGGAGGAAAGAAUGGCUUUCGAGCAACGGCGACGUAUGACGGACGAUGAUUAUCGAGCUGGAUAUCACGAGAAGAAUACACAACAAAGAUGGGUUGAUGGCAAAAGAGUGGAAGGCAGAAAAACUGAUAGCCAAAGAGUUGAAGGCAGAAGGGUUCGGUAA